AUGCACAUAUUAGACAGUUUUCAUCCUUUUACCGAGUUUCUACUUUCUCAAGGUGAUGCUAUCCUUUCGUAUCCUAUAAAUGGAGAUAUUUGGAAAAUGAAAGGUGUUUUCCAUGAAUUUUGCAAAGAUGAUACCUAUCACAUACCCACCACGUACUCCGAUUUCAUUAAUUACCUUCAACUAUUUCAGACACUUAGUGGCAGAUCAUUGCACUUUUCAAGGGACUUAUCUUUUGCAUUAAUUAACUCGAUGAGCCAACCAAAAUUGACUUGGAUCAACUAUGUCUCAGUGAGAAUUAUACAACAUCGAUUGAAAGGAGUACCACCACCGGUUGAAGAGAUUGUGAAGCGGAAGGAGGCGACAUCGUUGCUUGAAUUUAUAUCUCAAGAAGAAACUGCAUCCUCUAUAGAUCUUCAAAAAGUAACAAGAUUAACACCAAAGACCAUUGUUGCGUUCCUCCGUAAGGAUACGGCAAGGACAACGUUGGGAAGACAAAGAGCUAGGUUAACUACUUUGAAAGCACCAUUUCACCAAGUUUGCAAUGAUAGUAAACAUGCUUUAGUGUUGGCCAAUUCUGGACUAAACAAGAGAGAGUAUGCCCUGAGCUCAAAACAGUUGGCCCCUGAAUUUAUCGUUCAUCAAAGAAUACAUCAAGGUAGAAAUUUGUUGCCUAUUGAGGUAUACCAGUGUUCUUUGAACAAGAUUCAUUUCCUUCCUAUAUUAUACAGCCACACAGAUGUGAGUUUAGGGGAUUGUUCUUAUUUGGAUACAUGUCACAAGAUGAGGUCCUGUCGCUAUCUCCACUAUUAUACGUUGAACCCUACUAAAACAGACUCGGUGGAAAAGGCAGAGCAAAAGAAGUUGGAUUACACUCUUGGCCAGUGCUUUACCGAAUCCUUCCGUCCAAUCACGCCACCACAAUGGAUCAAUUGUGAUGUUCGAUACUUACCAUUCGGUAUAUUGGGUAAAUUUGCCGUGAUUAUCUCCGAUCCCGCAUGGGACAUUCACAUGUCCUUGCCUUAUGGAACAUGCAAGGAUGACGAAUUGUUGCAAUUGCCUAUGCGUGAACUUCAAGAUGAGGGAAUCAUCAUGCUUUGGGUCACUGGUCGGUCAAUAGAAAUUGGACGCAAAGCACUUUACAAAUGGGGUUAUCAAAUCAGCGAUGAAAUGAUUUGGAUCAAGUUGAAUCAAUUGAAAAGAACUAUUGUUACUGGAAGAACAGGUCAUUGGUUAAAUCACUCGAAAGAGCAUUUAUUGGUUGGGCUCAAGGGAAACCCACGGUGGCUAAACUUGCAAAUUGACACCGAUGUUGUAGUGAGCACUACUAGGGAAACCUCAAGGAAACCUGAUGAAUUCUAUGAUAUUAUUGAACGGUUGGUUGGAGCACAUGCAAGAAAAUUGGAAAUUUUUGGCCGAACCCACAAUACCAGACCAGGUUGGCUAACAAUCGGUAACCAACUACAAGGAGUCUCUUUACACGAGCCUGAAGUUAGAUACAACUAUGAGUUAUACAAAAGUCAAACCCUCAGUUGA